AUGGCCGACGACGUGCCGCACGGCAGACCCAUCACAAUUGUGAAACCCACCGAGGACCACCAGUUUGAGCUGGACGAAGAAGCCCUGGCCUCAGUUCUCAACGACCCUGCAAUCAAGGAUAAGCACGUGGUGGUAUUAUCCGUUGCUGGAGCAUUUCGCAAAGGAAAAUCCUUCUUGUUGGAUUUUUUCCUGCGUUAUUUGCGCAAUCAAGGCAGCGAGGAUUGGCUCGGGGCUCGAGAUCAGCCACUCACGGGGUUCAGCUGGCGUGGAGGCAUGGAUCGAGACACGACGGGGAUUUUGUUGUGGAGCGAGGUUUUCACGUUGAACAUGGCCAGUGGAGAAGAAGUUGCCGUGUUGCUGCUGGACACCCAGGGAGCCUUUGACAGUGACUCGACUGUGAAGGAUUGCGCGACUGUGUUUGCUCUGUCGACGAUGCUGAGCUCUGUGCUCAUUUACAACUUGUCCCAGAAUAUCCAGGAGGAUGAUUUGCAGCACUUGCAGUUGUUUACGGAAUACGGGAGACUCGCGUUGGACGAGUCUGGGCGUACUCCGUUUCAAAAGCUCUGCUUUUUGAUUAGGGACUGGAGUUUCCCGUAUGAGUCGGCUUAUGGAAUUGAUGGGGGAAGGCAAGUGCUGGAGAAGCGUCUGCAAGUGUCUGAGCGUCAGCAUCCUGAGUUGCAACAACUGCGCAAGCACAUCAGAUCAUGCUUUGCGGAUUUAUCCUGUUUCCUGCUGCCUCACCCUGGACUCAGAGUUGCCACCGACCCGAAAUUCGACGGGAAACUCGCCGACAUUGAGGACCUCUUCACCAAGUUCAUCGGAGAACUAAUCCCAUCCUUUCUGGCGCCAGAUAAGCUGGUGAUCAAGGAAAUCGGAGGACAGAAAGUUACCUGUAGAGAUCUCGUGCAGUAUUUCAAGAGCUACGUCGAGAUAUACAAGGGUGGCUCUUUGCCAGAG